AUGAAACUUGCUCAAUGGAGUAUUAUUCUCGGUGCUUCUAGCAUGGCUCUUGCAGCCGUUUCUCCCGAUAGUUCAGAUGAUAAAUCCAACUUGCAGCGUCGUGCAUUAGAAUCAUCAGAACAAGAUGUGCACAUGUUUGCUCGCUCGCCUAUACCACCAGUAAAUAUGACACCAGAAGAAAAGGCAAUUUUAAAAAGCAUGGAGGAGGAGCGAGACAAACUAAAAGACGCCCUGGAAAAGGCUAAACAAAGGGAAACCGAGUUGAAUCAACGCUCAAAGGAUGAAGGUUUGGAUCAAGCAAGUCAGUUGAGCCCAGAGCUAAGAUCAGAAGUGGAGAGAUUAGCACAAAUGGCAAUGGAGAAUAUCGAACUAAAAAAUGCCGUGACCAAGCUUAGACAGACUGGGUCCGUACCGGAAAAAUACUGGGAUGAUUUUAUUCAGAAACAUCAGUGGAGUCCAGAUCUACUAGCACAAAAGGCGAGAUUAGAUGAUAUGGCACGGCAGCGGGACGCACUAAAAGACGCUCUGGAUAGGGCUAAACAAAAGAAACCCAAAUCGAAGAAACACAAGGGCGGCUUGGGUAAACAUACAAGUGGUUCAGAUCAACAACCAAGUGGUUCAGAUCAACAACCAAGUAGUUCAAAUCAAUUAUCGGACAGUUUGAGUUCGCUAUAUCAGAUAAGCCCAGAGCUAAAACAAAAUAUGCAAAAAGUAAAAGAUCUGUCACAGGAGCGGGACAGACUUAAAGAAGCCAUUGAGAAGGCUAAACAAAAGAAACCCAAAUCGAAGAAACACAAGGGCGGUUUGGGUCAAACAAAGAAAACAGCACGCCCUUCAAAGCGAAGAAAGGGAUUAAUAGGAUUUUUGAAAAUACUUGGAGGAGUAGGAAAAAGAAUAUUCAAAAAGAAAAAGUAA